GUUAUUCCUCAGGAAGUGAGGACAUGGACUAAAGUUUGACAGGACUUCACUACAUCAAAGCCACAGGGCUUCACUCAUAUACCUCAGGGGAAAAGGCGGAGAUGGAGGAUUUCUGGGUAGGGGCCCUCUGGGCACUGAAGAUUUGGCUGUACCUCAUUAUCAGCCUCAUCAUGAUCCCAGCCAUGUUCGGCUUCUCACUGGGCAUCUCCGAGACCUACAUGACCAUUCUGGUCAAAACCUUAGAGUGGGCCACUCUGAACAUACAGAAGGCAAAUGCAGAUGAACAAACACUGUCAGCCUCUGCAUCCAAUGGUCUCAUCCAGAGGGAAGAUGGCUCUAUGGAGAAAGAGUUAGAGGAACUUAGACGCAGUCGUCCCAAGCCACCAGUGGGUGGUGAUUUUACACUGAGUGACUGUUUUUAUUUCACCCGGAGAGGAAUUGAGAGCAUUGUAGAGGAUGAGGUGACCCAGCGCUUCUCUUCAGAAGAGCUGGUGUCGUGGAACUUACUCACUCGCACCAACAACGAUUUCCAGUACAUCAGUUUGAAGUUGACGCUGGUUUACGCCCUCGGCAUCUUUGUGAGAUACUGCAUCCUCGCCCCGCUCAGAAUAACACUAGCCUGCAUUGGCCUGAGCUGGUUAGUAAUAGGAACAUCAGCAGUUGGAUUACUUCCAAAUUCAAGGAUUAAGUCUUGGCUCAGUGAAUGGGUCCAUGUCAUGUGCUACAGAAUCUGUGCUCGAGGACUCUCUGCUGCUAUCUGCUAUCACAACAGGGAAAAUAAACCGAAAAAAGGAGGAAUUUGUGUUGCCAAUCACACCUCUCCUAUUGAUAUUGUGAUUCUCUGCAACGAUGGUGGUUAUGCUAUGGUGGGUCAGGUCCAUGGAGGCUUGAUGGGAGUUGUUCAGAGAGCCAUGGUGAGAUCCUGUCCUCAUGUCUGGUUUGAGAGAGCAGAGAUGAAAGAUCGCCACCUAGUGACCAAAAGGUUGAAGGAUCAUGUGAACGACAAGACAAAGCUUCCCAUAUUGAUAUUUCCAGAGGGAACCUGUGUCAACAAUACAUCUGUCAUGAUGUUUAAAAAGGGAAGUUUUGAAAUUGGAGCAACGAUAUAUCCAGUAGCCAUUAAGUAUGACCCAAAGUUUGGAGAUGCUUUCUGGAACAGUUCCAAGUACAGCAUGGUUAAUUACCUGCUGAGGAUGAUGACCAGCUGGGCCCUUGUCUGUAAUGUCUGGUACCUGCCAGCCAUGCAUCAACAGGAGGGGGAAGAUGCUGUCCAGUUUGCUAACAGAGUGAAGUCGGCCAUUGCUCACCAGGGAGGGCUGGUGGAUCUACAGUGGGAUGGAGGCUUGAAGAGAGCAAAGGUGAAGGAGACGUUUAAAGAGCAGGAGCAGAAGAAGUAUAGCAGCAUGGUGGUGGGAGACGACAGCAGCAGCAACAGUGACUGAGACCCCCAACCAGUACGAUGGAUGAACACCUGCCCAGUUCUUGGAGGAUUUCUACUAGAAACAGGCCUCUCGCAUGUUCUUAUUAGCUGGACACGACAUUGAAUACAGUACUGCCAAGAGAACUCAAAUGAACACUGUGAAAACUUUGGUACAGCUAAAAGGCGGAGAGUCUUAGUGAUUUACAGAAAACCCAAGUGCAAUAUUGACCUUUAUGAGGAAAAGACUGACCGUGAAAAGGGAAAGCUCUUUGUUUUUAUUGUUAAAAACAAAGCUGUUUGUUUUUAUCUACUGUUGUGACUGAAUAUUAAUGCUGAGAAAGAUGCUCUGAAUAUGUGUGAUUGUAGGCAAGCCACUGGUUAAACAAAGUUGAUCGAUUAAUGUCUCUACUCUCCCAGUCAGCUGACUCAUUCUGUUUCUCUUUUUUAAAUAAACUUUAGUUUUGAAUACCCAUGGAGUGACUGAGUGAGAGUAAAAAAACCUGGAGGUCUUUGUAGUUGUAUUUUGUUAUAACAUGACAUGAUAAAUCAGUGUAUACAGUGGGUACAGAAAGUGUUCAGACCCCCUUAAAAUUUUCACUCUUCGUUAUAUUGCAGCCAUUUACUAAAAUCAUUGAAGUUCAUUUUUUCCCCUCAAUAUACACACAUCUGUCAGGUUGGAUGGUGAACAUUGGUGGACAGCCAUUUUCAGGUGUCUCCAGAGAUGCUCAAUUGGUUUUAAGUCAGGGUUCUGGCUGGGCCAUUCAAGAACAGUCAGAGUUGUCUUGAAGCCACUCCUUCGUUAUUUUAGCUGUGUGCUUAGGGUCAUUGUCUUGUUGGAAAGUGAAAUAUCCCCUCUAACCCUAACGCUAACCUUCUCCCAUCUCCCAACUGCAUCUCUGGAGCUCAGCCACAGUGAUCUUUGUGUUCUUCUUUUCCUCUCUCACCAAAGCUCUUUUCCCCCGAUUGCUCAGUUUGGCAGGACGGCCAGCUCUAGGAAGGGUUCUGGUCAUCCCAAACGUCUUCCAUUUAAGGAUUAGGGAGGCCACUGAGCUCUAAGGAACCUUAAGCGCAGCAGAAUUUUUUUUGUAACCUUGGCCAGAUCUGUGCCUUGCCACAAUUCGGUCUCUGAGCUCUUCAGGCAGUUCCUUUGACCCCAUGAUUCUCAUUUGCUCUAACAUGCACUGUGAGCU